UCCAGUUUUGACAGUUGCUAUCCGAUCAAUAUUUGGUCGAGGAUUUUCCAUUAAUCUCUCGAAAAUCUUGUGAAACUGCAAUAAAAAGGGGCGUUGCAACUUACCAGGAAAACUUUAACUCGAACCGGAUAUAACACCCGCAAGAUGGCGGCGGAUCCCUGGGUGGUUCAGCCACACGAGCAUGCAAAGUUCGCGGAACACUUCCGGAACCUCGGACCCAUCAACGGAGCGCUGACCGGCGAGCAGGCCAAGAGAUUCAUGCUGCAGUCCCAGCUACCCCCGCCCAUUCUGGGGCAGAUCUGGUCGCUUGCCGAUACCAACGCUGAUGGGAAAUUGGACCUGAAGGAAUUCUCCAUUGCUUGCAAGAUUAUCAAUUUGAAGCUACACGGGAUUGAAAUACCUAAAGCACUCCCGCCAUCUUUGAUCGCAUCGUUGAGUCCUGCAGCUCCACCUCAGAAACAAUUCACUCCCCCAGCGAAACCUCCGAUCCCUCCCAUGCCAUCCAUUCCCCCCCAACCGGCCCAGCCCCUCAUAAGCGGCCUCCCCUCCCAAGCCCCUCAGCCGCUGACCAGUAACUCCCUCCUAGGAGACUUCGGGGCCCCUAGCCAACCCUUAAUCAGCACUGGACCCCCAGUCGUGCCCCCUAUGAUCCCCCCCACCAAACCGGUCACAGCUGUACCCGAUUUGAUCUCCGGUGUAAAGCCAUUGAACCCACCGAUGGCUCAGCCGUUGAUGGACCAGCAAUUGAUUAAUACCCAGCCAUUGGUGGGUGCUCCGCCUAUAGCUAGUCAGCCUUUGAUUGGUGCAAGUCAGCCGUUAGUCGGUGCGAGCCAGCCGUUAAUGAAUGCUCAGCCAAUGGCGACUCAACCCUUGGUAGGUGCAGUUCAACCGUUAGUGGGUGCUACUCAACCUUUAGUAGGUGCAAGUCAGCCUUUGAUCGGUGCUACCCAACCUUUAAUUGGAGGAUCUCCACCGUUAGCGUCUACUCAAUCCUUACCUACGACAGUUCAACCUCUAGUUGGCGCUAGCCCGCCUCUAGCUCCAUUAAUAGGUUCUCAGCCAUUAAUGGGUGCUCAGCCGCUGAUCCCGAAUCAGCCGAUAAUGGCUCAGCCAUUGGCGGGUCCAACACCUUUGGUGCCUUCAUCCCAGCCGUCGUUAGUGGGUGGCACGACCGUCGGGUCGCUCAUCAGCAGUCCUCCUAAGCCUGUCAACACGGUAGCGGGUUCGAUGGCGGGCCAGCCUGUCACUUCCACUCCUAUUAACGCUGUGAAGAGUGAAGUUUUGUCGAAACCUGGAUCUGUGGUGACAAGCCCAACUGAUAUGCCGAUGGGAGUCGUGAGUCCCCCACCGGUGGAGUGGGGUAUCCCGCAACCUCAGAAACUGAAGUACACCCAACUAUUCAACGCCACGGACCGCACUAAGAGCGGGUCCGUGUCGGGAGCGCAGGCGAGGGCUGUGAUGCUGCAGUCGCGGCUGCCGCAACAGUCGCUCGCGCAAAUCUGGGCGCUGGCUGACCUCGACUCCGACGGGAAGCUCGGUUGUGAGGAGUUCGUGCUAGCCAUGUAUCUGUGCGAGAAGGCAACGCAAGGCGAGCCGGUGCCUGCAAAACUACCGCCAGAAUUGAUCCCGCCCACUUUCAGGCGUGAAUCAGUGACGUCAGUGAGCAGCAACAAGUCGUACGAAGAACGCCGCAGGGAGAACCUAGCUAGAGGCCAGGCUGAGUUAGAGAGACGACGGUCGCAGCUGGCCGACCAGCAUAUGAAAGAGAAGGCUGAAAGAGAGCGCAAAGAGAGGGAAGAAGCAGAGAAGAGAGAAAAAAUCCGUCUGGAAGCUCAGAAGAAGGAACAAGAAGAAUUGAUGAGGAAACAGAAAGAAGAACAGGAGAAACGUGAAGCAGCAAGGAAAGAAAUGGAAAGACAGUGCCAGCUAGAAUGGGAGAAAAAGAGAACAAGGGAGCUAGAAGCCAUGAGGACAGAAGAGCAAACAAAAGUCUUAAGCCUAAAAGCAAAGACUCAAGCAGUCUCAGCUGAACUCAACUCAGCCACGGUCAAGGCAGCCGACCUGGCCAAGAGUAUCAGAGACACUAGAACAGCGGUGGCUGCUGCUAAGUGCACCAUUGAUGGGAUGAGAUCCGACCGCGAUUCAAGCAUGGCUGAAAUGCAGCAACUCAAAGCUCGCGUAAAGGAACUCAACGCGAAGCAAAUCGCCCUUAACAAAGAGAAAGCUGAGCUGGACGCUAAGGCUAAAGCAUCAGAAGGAGCUGGUGAAGAUGGAAAACUGAACAUGAUGGAGAUCACUCUGAAACAACUGCGGGACAAGGUGGAAGCAGCCAAAGCGAUCGUCGAAAGCAAGAAGUCCGACCUCGAGUCCAACAACUCCCAGCUGUCAGAUCUGUCAGCGCGAGUGACAGAACUUAGCGAGAAGUGCGCUAACGUAUGGAAGGUUUAUGAAGCGAAGCGGCUGGAAUACCAGCAGCAGCGGUCUACAGCGCCUGCUGAGAGCGGUUGGGGCACUGGUGAAGCUGAUUGGGGGACUUCCAACGAUGCUUGGGGCGACACUGGAGCCCAAGACGACGCUUGGGGCGACGCUCCUCCCACCACUGCCACCGAACCCGUGACAUCAACUCCGUCGACUACGUCAGCACCAUCGGCCGCGAGAUGGCGCUGCGUGUACGAGUUCAACGCGCGAACGCCCGACGAGCUUAGCUUGCAGCCGGGUGACCUGGUCAGCGACGCGCAGGCGCCUAGAGGCGACGCCGAGCCCGGCUGGCGGUGGGGCACAGCCAGAGGUCAAUCGGGCUGGUUCCCUGAAUCCUAUGUUGAGGACAUUAACGCGGUGGCCGCAUAUGCUACGGAAGUCAUCGAGCCUAUGGAGACCAAGACUCAACUCGAAGGCAUAGCAGAAGUGCCAGAGGCAGAGAUUGCAAACGAUUUGGGUGGAGCGAUGCCUGUUGUUGAAGGUGGAGAUUUCUACAUAGCGGCGUAUCCUUACACUUCGGCCGAGCCUGGUGACCUCACCUUCGAAGCUGGCGAGCGGAUUGAGGUCAUGAGGCGGGAUGGGGACUGGUGGACUGGACGGAUUGGGAUCCGAACGGGCAUAUUCCCCUCAAACUACGUCACCAAAGAUACAACCUCUUCCACCGGCGACACCAUCAGCACGAUACCGGAGGCGGCUGAACCGGAACCGGAGCCGGCGAGCCCGCUGCCGGCGCCGCAACCGGCGCCGGUCGCCGUGGCGCCGGAACCGGAUUUAGUGCAGGAGCAAAAAUCCUCAACGCCAGUGUCAUCAGAAGUGGCAGCCAUUACUGAAGCGGCGCGCCCGCCGUCGGCCGCCCGCCGCGACUCGGGCCGGGACUCCGCCACCGCGCGACGGAAGCCCGAGGUGGCGCAGGCCGUGGCUGCCUACACCGCCGCCAGCGCCGAGCAGCUAUCCCUGACUAAGGGCCAACUCCUGAUCGUCCGUAAGAAAGCAGACAGCGGCUGGUGGGAGGGAGAACUCCAGGCCAAAGGGAGGAACAGACAAGUGGGCUGGUUCCCCGCUAGCUAUGUCAAGAUUCUUCAGUCCUCAGGACGCACGUCCGGUAGAACCACGCCAGUUCUAUCCAAGAUGGACACGCUUCCAGCGGAGACGGUAAUAGAUAAGGUGAUCGCUCUGUACCCGUAUACAGCGCAAAACGCAGAUGAGCUGAGUUUCGAGAAAGACGACAUCAUAGCAGUCACCGACCGAAGCCAGGACCCCGCUUGGUGGCAAGGCGAACUCAGAGGGAUGACCGGCCUCUUCCCAAGCAACUACGUAACGAAACUUGUGAACUAAAUCAGUCACAACCAUCUAAAUCCACAAUAUACCUACUAGUAAUAAAAUGGUUUAUUUGCAAUAUGGUGACGUCACGUGUCACUGAUCUGUCACCUACUGUCAUCGAAAUUAUUUUGACACCUGUCAAAUGGCAUGUGUUACAGAAAUCUAACGCUGCUAUUGCAAUUUGAAGGUUUAUUUAAACAGCAAUAUUUAAUUUUGAAUUAUUUUGACUUAAAACUUACGUCAUAUUGAACAUUUCUAAUUUCUGAUAAAUAAUACCAGUUACUUUACGUAACUUUACAUUCGUUGUUUUUUAGAAUAUACCCGCACAAUUUUCAUGGAAAGUUUAAUGAUUUAUACUGAUUGUCAUUUCUAUUAAAAGUAGGUGUUACUUGCUAUACUUAUCGUAUCAAGUGUAGACAAAGUAGAAAAAAUAAUUUAGUGUUGCUAGUUAAAAAAAUACUAUUCAGUAUUAUAACUAUAACUGCAAUGUGUAGAUUUCAUCAAUGUUUUACCUUAUUGCUUCGAAUUAAGGUUUAAAACGAAAAACGACCUAAAAUUAAAUCAAAAAUCAAAUUAUUUAAUUAGUGUUUAAAUCAUUCCAUUUGAAUAACUAAUAAUUCUGAAACUUAGUACAAAAAAAUGUUGCCAGUUUCCUUGUCUUGUCGCUGUAUUGCCAUUGAUAAAAAAUGUAUUAGAUUUUAGAACUGUUAUAUUGUAUAAUCGAAUAAUAAUCAUGUAUGUAGUUGUUUCUUGUAGUAUUAAUAAUAAUAUAUUGUUCGCUUUA